GUCAUAUAGGAAGAAAAGACAAGUAAAAAGAAGGAGUAUCAAUUUCUAUUUCGAGCUUACGACUACUACGUGACGUCAGAUCUACCAAAAUAUCACACGGUUAGGGAGGUGCAGUUGGAUAGAGCUCCGGUGUAUGGUCCAGGUCUCGAUCUUUCCCAGACUCUCAAAAAUCUUCUAACUUGUCGGAGUUCACAUCGGAGUGAAUUCCAAUAAUAUAUUUGUUGAAAAAGAAAAAAGACAGUAAAAAAGAGAGAGAGAGAGAGGGGGGGCAAGAGAAAAAGAAUAAUCAAACAAUCUUAAACAAAAGUGGAUUAAGACAAUCUCGAAGUCAACUUUGACAAAAGGAAGUUGUUAAGAUGCCUGGUGCCGGUGGUCAGCCACCGCAACAAAGGACUACCUUUCGACCACCCUGGGUCAAGGAUGGUGGUCCCAAUCCUCUACCUAUGCCCACUGCACCUUGGACACUCAAUUCUCGAAGGGACUCCAAGGCGAAGGCCGAUGAACCCCCAGCUUUCACCAAAGUUACAUUAAAGAGUGUUUCUAAACCCACGGAACCAGCACCACAAUCGACCGAACCUGCUCAAGCACCACGGAAACAAAGUAAAAUCACAAUAAUACCGUCUCAACCAAAAAAUGAAAAAAAUACUACGGCAGCAGCAACAGCAACAGCAACAGCAAAAUCGACUACGACGACAAGUAGUACACCUCCAUCAUCAAAGCCACGAGAGAAUGGACGGCAGGAGCCAAAUUCGAGGCCGCAACUCGAACGACAACUUCGUAUUGAGAGAUCUCGAUCUCGAGGUGACACUAUACCACUUUCCAAGAGCGAAAGUACCACUGGUGCACCAACGUUGUCAAAGAGUUCCUCGAGAGCAGCCAUUCCACCUCCACCCCCGCCAAGGCCACCUCCGCCACCACCAAGUCGAGUUAUCCUAAAGGAUCUACCACCGUUAACUGAAAGUCAGGAACAACAAUUGGAAAUGCUGAAAUCUAGACCUAGGAAACGUCCCGACUGGGCGAGCAUGAUGAAGGAAGUUGAAAGUGGUAGACGUCUCAGACACGUCACUUGCAACGACAGAAGUGCACCAUUAAUUGAAAGGGUUAACAAGGUCACAGCUGAUCCAGCAGGUAAGGCCCAUUUUGUAUUCGAAUCAGAAAAGUCAAACAUGCACAAUCAAUUGCUGAAGCAAAUUCAGCAGGGCGUUAAAUUGAAAAGCGUUAAGACCAACGACAGAUCUAAACCGAUAUUGGAGGGUCUUAGGAAAUUUAGAAGACAAUUGACGAUAGAGGAACAAAUGCAAAAAGUUGAGGCUGAAGCAGAGCCAGAUGAUGUAAUAGAUGACGAUGAUAUCGAUGCAGUUAGAGACGAUUUGCAAAGUACUAAACAAAUGCUUGCCAUUGAACUUAGAAACAAAGAGGCUCUUGAAAGAGAAAAUAAAAGAUUACAGGCAAGAAUUUUAAAUCUCGAGGCUGAGGUGGAACGAACGAGAUCGCAAAGAAACGUUCAAGAAUACAAACAACAGGAUGAAAAAUUGACGGAGUCUUUGAAAGAGGAAGCUCAUAGAGCAAGAAAGGACGCAGAGAGAUUAGAAAAAGAAUAUGCUAGUACAGCAGAGGAAAGAGACAAGUAUAAAAAUGAAUUGGAAGAAAUGAAGCGAAUGUAUGCCAAUUUGGAGAAGCGUAUGAAGGCGGGAAUGGCAUUGGCUGGAUGUCCAAGUGCAAAGGACGUUGCAAGAAUUGCAUCUCAAAAGAGUAUGGACAAUAAACAACAGGAAAUGAGCGAAACAGAAGAAGAGGAAGAAGAAAGUACGGAGGAAGAGGAGGAAGAAGAUCCAAAAAUAUCCGCUGAGAAACGUCUACAGAGAGAAAUUAAAUUAUUAUCGUCCAAAGUGAAGAACUUUAUGGACAAAGCCGUUAAUGCAAGAAAAGAGAGACAUGCCUUGAAGGAACAAAUAAAGCAGCAACUGAAAUUAUUGAAAGAAGAGAAACGGAAGUUUAAGCAAUUGCAAAAAGAAGUUGACAAAAUGGCCAAGUUAAUGGCUGAUACAGACGGAGACGAUGAAGAAGAAGAUGAAGAAGAAGACGAGGAAACUGAGUCUGAAGAAGAAUCUGAAUCUGAAGAGUCGGAAGAAGAAGAAGAAGAAUCUGAAAUAGAUGAAGGAGGUCAUAAUAUGGAACAAGAGAAAGAUAUUCUACAAAAACGCGUGAAGAGACACGAAAAUCGAUUGGCUGCAUUAAAAAAAGGUAAUUAUCUUUUAAAAGCUCAAGUUGACAGACUCAAAGACGAUUUAGCCAAGCAACGAGAAGAAAGUAUUACUUUGCAAGAAGAUUUGGAUUCUGUCUUGGCAGAAUUAGGUUAAGUUACAAUAUAAGUUAAAUAA